AAUUGAAGCAGCAACUGCUGACUACGGUAAAAAUGUGUACAAAGAUGGCUGUCAGAAAAAAGGAUGGAGGGGCAGAUUUUAAGUUUUUUGAGUCUGCUGAUACGAUUUCGCAACUCGAUAACGUGAAAUCAUGGUUACAGAGAAACUGCAAGAAGUGGAUUCAAGCAGAGCCACCCACCAACAAGGGCUUGGCCUCGCUGCUGGCGCAGCUGCUGCAGUUCCAGGAAGAUGCGUUCGGUAGACACGUCAGCAACCCUGCCCUCACCAGACUGCCAUUGCGUUGUUUUAUGGACUUCAAGUCCGGAGGUGGACUAUGCAAUAUUCUUAUGGCCGUCUACAAGUUCAAGAGCGACCAAGGAUGGCGGCGGUUUGACUUCCAGUCGCCGUCCCGCAUGGACCGCAACGUGGAGAUGUUCAUGAGCAUCGAGAAGAACCUGCUGCAGACGCGCUGCCUCUCCUUGCCCGUGGUCUACAUCCAGGACGAGGUGGAGCCCAAGAUGAUGAACAAGCUGAAGGACAUCAUCAAGAGACAUCAGGGCACAGUCACGGAUGAUAUUGAGUUGGCGACACACAUUGUCUACGGAGCUCCACCCUCCUUGAAUGAAGGGGAGGAGUACAUUCGCCCCAUCGUACGCCGGGAGAAGUCCAUGCUUGUCCAUUGGUGCUACUAUCCAGACAGCUACGACACCUGGGUACCUGCGGCAGAGGUCCCUGGGGACCCUGAGCCGGGCACCACCUAUGAUGGCCCAUGGGAGUUGAAUGCCAAGUGGAUUCUGGAUCUUGAGGAGUUCAACGAGUGGAUGAACGUUGAAGACUAUGAAAUAUACGAAGACGGUGAUGCCAAAGAAGUCGUCAAUGUUGCAUCAGGGAAUCUGAGGCGGAAGGUGUACCCGACCAAACCCAUGGUAGAUGAGCAUGCCCACAGUCCAGAAGCAGACAGGAGAGAGAAGAGAGGAGGAGCCGGGAAGAAGAGAAAGAGGUCUCCCUCGCCGACCUCAGACAAGAGGAAAAAGAAACCCGGUCGGAGCCCAGCACCAAUCAUGAAGAAGAGAAUUCCCCGUGACGAGGAGCCCGAAGACUUGACCAAGGACAUGGACAACCCGUCCACUAUACCAGCUGUGGAAGAGGUCCAACUGCCCAAAAUAGUGUCAAGUCGCAGUGGUCGGGACACAGAGCUUCAGCCAAUCAAGGGAGGCUCACUGCAGGAACUGGACGAUUCACAGAACGAAUCGCAGGACAAGGUGAACGGGGAAUCGGGGGCUCUGGUAACCGGCGCCGAGCUCGAGGAGAAAGAGAACAAAGCUCCCGAGACGCAAGAGGAGCAAGUGACGGAGCAGACGCAUCACAUCAUCGUGCCCAGCUACUCGGCUUGGUUUGACUACAACAGCAUGCACGCCAUCGAGAGGAGGGCCUUGCCCGAAUUCUUCAACGCUAAGAACAAGUCCAAGACGGCCGAGGUGUUCAUGGCGUAUCGUAACUUCAUGAUUGACACGUAUCGUCUGAACCCCACCGAGUACCUCACCUUCACAGCUUGCCGCAGAAACCUGGCUGGAGAUGUCUGUGCCAUCAUGAGAGUGCAUGCUUUCUUGGAGCAGUGGGGUCUCAUCAACUACCAGGUGGAUGCUGAGAACCGUGCCGCUCCGAUGGGGCCUCCGCCUACCUCCCACUUCCAUGUGCUGGCAGACACGCCCUCCGGAUUGCAGCCCAUGCAGCCUGCCAAAUCACAACAGUCGGCCUCGCAGCAAGUUGCCAACCUGGCUGACAAGGGAGGGAACAAAGACAAGCCCAGCAACGACCUGCAGAACUUUGGCCUGCGGACGGACCUGUAUGCAUCCAAGAAACCUCAGCCUUCCAAGAGCAAGUCGGCCUCGGCCAGCAUUACCAAGGAUUGGACGGACCAGGAAACGCUGCUCCUCCUAGAAGCCCUGGAGAUGUACCGCGACGACUGGAACAAAGUCUCCGAGCACGUAGGCUCUCGCACCCAAGAUGAAUGCAUCCUGCACUUCCUCAGAUUACCCAUCGAAGAUACCUAUCUGGAGGAUGGACCCAAUGCACUAGGACCACUUAGUUAUCAGCCCAUUCCUUUCAGUCAGUCCGGCAAUCCCCUCAUGAGCACUGUAGCCUUCCUGGCGUCGGCCGUGGAUCCAAGGGUGGCUAGCGCUGCCGCCAAGGCUGCUAUCGCGGAGUUCAGCAAGAUGAAAGAGGAGGUGCCCACCGCCUUGGUCCACACUCACGUCAAACGCAUCGAGGACUCGGCCCGGGUCGGCAUGAGCACCGACAACCACCUCCUGGAUGCCAGCGGCAUCGCCGGAACCAUUGCGGAGCCCGAGAAGAUGGAGGAAGGGGGCGAAGGAGGCAAGACGGACCCGGGAGCGGAGGCGGGCAGUGGCGAGGGGGCUGCAGGGGCGAGCAAGGAGACCACUGAUAAGGAAAUUAAGGUGAAAGAGGAGUCACCAGCUGCCGAGGAGAAGGACAAAGAUGGCAGUGAAGCCAUGGAAACGGAGGCCACGGCUCCCCAGAAGACCCCUGAGGGGGAGGAGUCGGAGAAGCAAGGGGAGGAGGAAGCGGAGAAGAUGGAGACGGGAGAAGUGAAAGCAGACAGCAUUAAACAGGAACCAAAGGAACCAAGCAAAGAGGAUUCCCCGGAGACGGGCGAACAAAAAGGGGAGGAUGACUCUGCCCCCAAAGAGGACACUCAGGAUGUUGAGACGGUAGAGAAGACGGAAGGAGAGGAAGGAGACAAGGAGGAAGACAAGACACCCAAGGAGAAACCGGAGGCCGUCAAGAAACACGAGGAGGAGCUGUCUGAGGGGAACAUAGCGUCAGCUGCUGCAGCAGCACUAGCGGCCGCUGCAGUCAAAGCUAAGCACCUGGCAGCCGUUGAGGAGCGUAAGAUCAAGAGCCUGGUGGCCCUGCUGGUGGAGACGCAGAUGAAGAAACUGGAGAUCAAGCUGCGACACUUCGAAGAGCUGGAGACGAUCAUGGACAGGGAGAGAGAAGCGCUGGAGUACCAGCGGCAGCAGCUCUUGGCAGACAGGCAGCAGUUCCAUCAGGAGCAGCUCCGCGCCGCUGAGAUGAGAGCACGACAACACGCCCAGGCCAUGGCAGCCAUGCAGCAAGCAGCCACGGGGGGCCCAGGACCGACAAACGCAACGCCAAGUAUACCGCAACUCACUGGUUCCCCACAGCUUCCCUCAGGCACCCCUCCCCCACCCGUCUCCACAACUCCACCCGCCGUGCCCCUCCCCGAGCAGGCGGCAGUGCCAGACCCCACGGCGGACCCUGUAGAGGAGCCGGCCCCUGGGGGUGAGGCAGCAAGCACCCAGGAGGAGCAAGCGAGAGUCGGCGAGGAUCCAGAACCAGCCAAAGAGGGAGAGCAACCGCAGACGGACGAGGCACCGGCCGAAGAAAGCAUGGACACCAGUGAAGCGCCCAGCCAACCAGUCCCGCCUGUCCCCACCCAGUCAGCGGCUGCUCAGAACCCAGCUAUCGUAGCCGCUGUGACCGGCACCUUGCCGCCCACGUCUGUCGGCAGUGAUAGCACCCUCACCCAGAGCCCACUGCAAGAUUCCAACAGUCAAGACGGUGCGGGCAGCCUUGCCGAGAGUCGGCCGGAGAGUAUGGGCAGCGAAGGCCUGAGUAACCAGUCAGCGAGUAACCAGUCCCCUCCCAGUACGGCAUCCCCCGCCUCCUAAUGGAACGGGCCAACCUCAUCAGUGAUUAGCAGUGCUGUUAUCGAUGUGCUUGUAAUGGAAUCACAAGUCUGGUCGUAAAAAAAAUUCACAAGUAAUUCACAAGUCCAGUCACAAAUACCAGGUGAUGGACAAGAACAAAGCAAUGCCUUCGUCACAGUUUAAUGAAUAGCUUGUGAGUUGACUUGGGCCUGAAUGGUUUGUGGUAUGCUUGCUAAUCCCUGCUUUCAAACAUUUGUGUUAUCAAAGGCCAGAACCCUUGCGUCAUAUUUAUAUUGGAAGCAAGUUUGUUUUCCUUAAAUGUUGUUUUGUUUCCUAUGUUCUAGUUUUUUUUUGGGGGGGGGUAGUUAUUUGAUUUUUUCAUGUAAAUAAAGUCUAUUGUGUCUUUAUCUUUAAAUAGAUGUAAAAACCUCAAUUUUUUGGUCCCUGCUCGGUUAAAAUUAAGAAAUGAUCUUUAAAAAUAAGAGGGUAAAACAACGCUAGUCGGUUACUUUUUUAGUAUUUGUUCAUGUUUGGUAAAAUGUCCCACAUUUUCUACUCAAGUCUCCAAGUCUUUUUCUACAAUUUGGUUCAAGGCUAAACAAUGUAUUUGUGUAAAUAGUAUCCCAUAGUAUUACUCCGUAUUAUUUAAAUAAAUCCUGCUGUCAGAAUAAAAUAAGUGUCUUUGAAUUGAGAACUAAAUUGGCAUUAACUGGCAUUGCAAUUCUCUGAAAUGUUUAGGUUUAGGGGGUAUCUUUUUUUUGGGGGGGGGGGUUCUAUAUCCCAAGGCCAAAUUUACCCAUUGGCUUUUACAUGGAAUAUUGUUAGGAAGCCUUUUACUGUGCAGUCAUUGGCUGGCUUCUGCGAACCGUGAUGUCAUCAAAGUUCAUUCAAGUUCAUACACACAUUGUGACCAACCAUUGACGCGUGAAGCAUACGUUCAUUAAACGACGCCUACGGUCUUCGCGACAAUGUACUUUUGGAAUGCUCUGAAAAUGUCAGUGAUACACAACUCCCGCUUUUCAAAUAUGUGCACGUUUGUAACAAAUUCGCAACCCCAAUGUCGUCAACUUUUUAUUUUUUUUCAAGACCACCCGGUUCAAGUGACGUAUUUUGUGUCUGGGUCGUACUGCAUCAACACAUAACGUCUGUGCCGUGAUAAGUGGCCACAUGGGAGUAUUUUGACGAAAACGUGGGCCGAAUAAUGAAGAAAAGAAAAGAAAGCUGUCCAAGCAAAAAAAAAUUGGACAGUUUGCAAGUGUCUCACCCUGAACAGGUGCGGAUUUUGUGCGUAGGCGCGAGCCAGAAGUGCAGCUGGCCUGGUGACUGGCUCCAAUUUUGCUGUUAGCAACAUGGCUAAACAUACCAGGCGGACACCUGUGAAGUGUUGGCGACUGGCAUAGGCUCAGUGUCAUAGACACUUUUACUGAUAGCUGCCAGAACAGAAUAUGAACUUGUGAAGGUUGAUGUGUCGCUGCAUUGUGAGACUGUUGGCGCUGCUCGAAAAAUACCCGUUCGUUGCACAAACUGUCCAAGGAUGCAACGUGCAGCAUACCUUCACUGCACACUUCCGAAUCGGCUACCUGGACAAGCCCUUGAAAAAGAAGCCCAAGUCAAUGUUUCACAGUUGUGGUAUAUCGUAGCAAUGGACGCAUACGUGCAUUUAUUACAUGUACACAAUAACUUCCAAGUGAAUAAAGCCCAUUUUGUGAUAGAAAAGGAAA